AUGCAUAAAGGCACAGGUUCAAAUUCCACAUCGGCCAAUAUAACAGUGCCAGUGCCAGUGCCAGUGCCAGUGCCAGUGCCGGUGUCAGUGCCGGUGACAGUGCCAGUGCCAGUGCCAGUGUCAGUGCCAGUGCCGGUGCCAGUGCCGGUGUCGGUGCCAGUGGCGUUGCCAGAGCCAGUGCCAGUGCCGGUGCCGGUGCCAGUGGCGUUGCCAGAGCCAGUGCCAGUGCCGGUGUCAGUGCCAGUGCCGGUGUCAGUGCCGGUGACAGUGCCAGUGCCGGUGUCAGUGCCAGUGCCAGUGCCAGUGCCAGUGCCAGUGCCAGUGCCAGUGCCAGUGCCAGUGCCAGUGCCAGUGCCAGUACCGUUGACAGUGCCAGUGCCGGUGACAGUGCCAGUGCCGGUGACAGUGCCAGUGCCAGUGCCGGUGCCAGUGCUGGUGCCAUUUAAUUUAACUAUUUAA